AUGGUAACGGAACUCGACUCCACCGCUGGAUCGCAGAAGGCCAGAAACAGUCUCAAAACUACCAAGGAGCAGCUGCCAUUGCGCGAAUUUUUCCGAUCCUGUAUUUUACCAGGUCUGGUGAUUUUUCUGUGCUUUGCCGUCAACAUUCCUGUGUACUUCGAAUUUACUGUGGAACGUUGUUUCGACAUUGAGCACGACGUGGAAGCCUCCUGCCCAGCUCCUACGGUAUUUCGACACUCGUUCACACGAUACAAGGCGAUUUUGAUGACGUUGACUCAAACAGUCGGUCCUGUCACCACGAUCCUCGUACUCAGUGUCCUCACUGAGUAUCGCGUUCAUCGAAGUUUGAAGAAGCGGAGAAAGUGA